UUGAGCCAAGUGCAUAAUAGACAAACAAUGAAGACCAAGUCCAAGCAGCGUUCGCCAAUGAAAGCGGUUAAGAAAAUGUCAAAAUCUAAAGUCUCGAGACCCUGCAAGGCCGUCAAGCCGAAGAAACAGCAGAAAUCUUUGAAGAAUCCGAUGAAGAAACCCUUGCGACGUUCUCCGCUGAUGCGUGCCGCCCUGCAGCCUACAAUUUUAGGUUCCGCCAGGGUUAAGCCGCUGGCCAAAUCGCAUGUGACCUUCAAGAAGAGCCAUAAAAAACCGGUGGAUGCAUUGCAAUCCCUGGGAAUGUCCCGCAGGACCAAGCUCAUAGAUGCCAGUCCGCAGAAGAAAUCGGGCACUACUCCGGUGCUCUUCCUGCUCAAGGACUCAAAGGGCCAGAAAAUAAAGAAGUCUUCGACGGCGGGAAGAAGAAAACAACGAUUGCCGCGCAUGGAUCCCCGGUGGAUGAGUCAAGUGGAGAAGAGGACCGCCACCGAGGGUGUGGACUUCUUCUAUAAUCUGGGCAUGAGAGGCCAGAAGCCGGCGAAGGAUCAACAGGUGCGACAGCAACGUGGUGGUGGAGGAGCAGGAUUCGAGGGCAGAUUGGCAGGCGGAGAAGGAGUAGGAGCAUAUAGAUUGGGUGGUUCGGCUGCUCUGCCAGGAGCAGGGAGACCCGGCCCCUCUGGACUAUCGUCCAUUGUGGGCGGUGUCAUCGCCGCCAAGGAUGUGGUGGUGCCGCUGACCAACCGACUGCCCAUCAUCGACUUCAUCUCCACCAACGAGUUCCAAAAUAUGUAUGCCUCUUCGAUCCGGAAGCCGCAGUCCCGGAGGUUUUUCCAUUGACGAGUGGCGAGUAACUAGUGAAUGUGUAAUAAGUGGAUCAAUAUUUCCUCGACAAAAUGGUUUCGCGGCUCCUUAUAUUUAUAUAUUUUCAAGUAUAAAUUAUCCGUGAACCAAA